AGCCGGCUGGCGCGGGCGGGGCGGCGGGGGCGAGCGCGGUCCCAGGCCGCGAUGGGAGCGGAGGCGUGAGCGGCCCCGAAGGCGUCCGGCUGUCGCGGAGGGGGAAGGACUGCGCCCGCCGCUCGGCACUCACCGGCGCGCCGACAGAGGCCGCCCCCGACCGAGGAGAGCAUGUUCCGGCUGAUGAGGGAUGGCGAGCCGGAGGACCCCAUGUUUGCCAUGGACCCUUUUGCCAUCCACCGGCAGCACAUGAACCGUAUGCUUUCUGGGAGUUUUGGAUUUGGCCCGCUCCUUGGCAUCACUGAUGGGACCACAGCUGGGGCUCGCCAGGCUGGCCGUAGGAUGCAGGCAGGAGCUGUUUCACCCUUUGGGAUGCUCGGCAUGGCAGGUGGCUUUAUAGAUAUGUUUGGGAUGAUGAACGACAUGAUUGGAAACAUGGAGCAUAUGACAAGUGGUGCUAACUGCCAGACGUUUACCUCCUCAACUGUCAUCUCCUAUUCCAACCUGGGUGAUGGGCCCAAAGUCUAUCAGGAGACCUCAGAAAUGCGUUCAGCACCUGGUGGGAUCCGUGAGACUAGGCGGACCGUAAGGGACUCAGACAGUGGCUUGGAACAGAUGUCAAUCGGACACCACAUCAGGGAGCGGGCCCACAUCAUGCAGCGGUCCCGGAACCAUCGCACAGGUGACCAGGAGGAGAGGCAGGACUACAUCAACAUGGAUGAAAGUGAUGCAGCCGCCUUUGAUGAUGAGUGGAGGCGAGAGACAUCCCGUUUUCGACCGCAGCGGGGGCUGGAUUACCGACGUCACGAAAGCAGCAGUGGCCGCCGGGCUGAAGGGACUCGUCUUGCAAUCCAGGGCCCUGAAGAUUCUCCCUCCAGACAGUCCCGCCGAUACGACUGGUGAACCCAGAGCAGAUAUUGUGGGGGGUGCAGCGUGGUCACCCCCAAAUCUACCUACACGCUCUUGUACAUACUGAAACUCUGAAGCCCCGUCAAAGCACCACUUGGACCCUCCUCAAAUUUAGUAUUAACCUCCCUCCCACUUAAGAAUUGAAACAAAGCAACUAAUCUUCUGCAUUGCUCUUUUUUUCCCCAUUUGGGUGGUGCAGUGGGGCAUGGGGAAUCUCACUGAUGUGCAAGAAAUGCAUUAAUUACCCAUUCCCUUUCUGCUCUCCCUUGGUUCUGUUCUUUCUGCCAGUAGUGGUGGGCAUGAGGAGCUGCCACCUCGCCUUUUCCAUCAUUUCCACUCUCUCUGUGCUGGGUUGCGCUGGUUCUGAAGUUUGUGUUUAGUCCCCUGUGAAAGAAAUAUGAGGGAAUUCUGCUAUAACCCCGUGUCAGUCCCCUCACUGGGACAGAGGCUUUGAUUCCCCUCCUGCUCCUUGGUGCAGCCGUGGAGAAGCAGAAGGAUGUGCGUGUGAGAGAAGGGAGGAGCAGAACAAAAGCUGGAUCAGCCUGUGGGCCCCCCGACCCCUCUUCAGUCAGCUCCCCCACUUUUUUAAUUUGUGAAACUUGUAACUAGAUGUUUACUGAAUAAAGAAAAAAAAACUGUAAAGAA